AUGAACAACCAGGCAAGGGCCCCUCCCCCCUCCCCAGGCCGGGUCUUGAUCUCAGCCAGGGCUUCGACUCCAGUCAGGACCUCAAUCCCGGUCCGGACCCCAACUCCUGCCUGGACCUCAACUUCGGCCCAGACACCGAAUCCUGUCCAGAUCCUGACCCCCGCCCGGACCCCGACUCCGGUCCCCACCCGGGCCUGGACCCCGACUCCCGUCCAAACCCCGACCCGGGUCUGGACCCCAACUACCAUCCAAACCCCGACCCGGGCCCAGACCCCGACUCCCGUCCGAAACCCGAUCCGGGCCCGGACCCCGAUUCCCGUCCGAAACCCGAUCCGGGCCCGGACCCCGACUCCCAUCCGAACCCCGACCCGGGGCUGGACCCCGACUCCCGUCUGGACCCCGACUCCCGCCCGGACCCCAUCCCGGACCCCGACUCCCGUUCAGGCCCCAGCCUCAGCCUGGAUCCCCACUACUGCCCAGACCCCAGCUUCGGCCUGGACCCCGACUCCUGCCCAGACCCGGGCCUCAGCCUGGACCCCAACUCCUGUCCAGACCCCAGCCUCGGCCUGGACCCCGACUCCAGCCCGGACCCCAGCCCGGACCCCGACUCCCGUCCAGGCCCCAGCCUCAGCCUGGAUCCCCACUACUGCCCAGACUCCAGCUUCGGCCUGGCCCCCGACUCCUGCACAGACCCAGGCCUCGGCCUGGCCCCCGGCUUCCGCCCAGACCACCGCCUCAGCCUGGACCCCCACUCCUGCCCAGGCCCCGUCCCAAACUCCAACUAUCGUCCCAACCCUGGCCCAGACCCCAACUCCCAUCCACACCCCAGCUUCCGCCUGGAACCCAACCCCUGCCCAGACCCAGGUUUCGGCCCAGACCCCGGCCUGGCCCCCACCUCCGGUCCAGAUGCCGACCCCGGCCCAAACCCCGACUCCCGUCCAGACUCCAAUCCCGGUCUGGAACCCCACUCCCGUCCGGACCCCAACUCGGGCACAGAUGCCGACCGGGGUCCAGACCCCUAUUCCGGCGCAGACACCUACUACAAUCUGGACCCCGCCUCCGGCCCCUGCCCCAACCCCAGUUUCAUCCCGGGUCGGGGUCGAGAUCACGGCUGCUGUCCCUGUGUCGCAAUCCUUCCCGGACUCAGUCCUACCUUUGGAUCAGCCCACGGAACCCGCUUCGGAACCCGCUUUGUCGCGCGACAAGGGUCUUUCGCGGCCGCCUAGUGUGAAGCACUUUCCAUCCGUCACCAGUGAAUUCGGGUUCAACCGAGAGUCCAUUCUUGUCCACACUCCAUCCGCCACUGAUUUAUUGAGGCUCACCGUUGGCUCCACCUCGAGCACCGACUCCUCCGCCACAAAGUUGACAGAUUCCACUCCCGAGUCUGUGCCGGUGCCCAUCCUGGGGCCCGGCCCCUUAGCCCCCACCAGCGAGAACUUCCCGUUGGACAAGAAGAUCCUGAUUCGAGUGAUCUACUGCGGCCUCUGAAGCUAUAGCCUUCGGUUCAUUCUACUGAGAAAGAGUCUGGAGCAGCAAUUUCCAAAUCGUCUCCUCUUUCAGGAGGAAAGAGCUGCCCAGGCUACGGGGGAGUUUGAAGUGUUUGUGGAUGGAAAACUGGUCCAUUCAAAGAAGAAAGGUGAUGGCUUUGUGGAUGAGGCUGGGCUGCAGAAAAUUUUGAGCAUUAUCGAGGAGGAGAUCAGCAAAAGGUAGCAGGUGACCGGCUGGAGGAGCCUCAGCAGGAUGCCGGGAAGGGCUGAAAUGUUGUCAAGUCAGGUCCUUUCCUGAUGGUGGCUGGGGCUGGGGGUGGGUUGGGGAGGGGAACAGGGAAAUACAUACAGUCUGCCUCCCUGUG